CCCUCAAAUCACAUAGCGUGAGCACUGACAUGCAUCAUGCUGUGUUUGUGUUUAUCGUAUUGAGGAGUAGUAAGAGAAGGACAGAGCCUUUGAUGUGAGCACCACGAACAUGGGAGAAGACUUUAACUGUACAGGAAAUGGUGAGUAUUUGACUCAAAAAGAAAUCUUAAUAUGUAAAUUUUAUAUGAAUGUGAGCUGGAUUGUUCUUGAUGUGAGGGCACCACAUGAGGUUAAGAGGACAGUUUUUUAAAUCUGCUUUACAGCUAAUCCACAAGUUGUAGAAUUGACCCAUUUCUUUAAACCCCACGUAAAUUCAAUGCUAAUUUGACAAAUCACUCUGAGUUAUGAAGUGAAGCUGAUUUGAGGUGUGAUUAAUGAUAUAACUGAUUUGGUACUUACAUCUCUGCUGUUAUGUCUGCAAUCACGAUGUGCAAGGUUUUGUUUAUGAUAAGAUUAUGCUGUCUUGGUAUCUUUUGAUGAUAUGUUGUUGUUGUUUUUGUAAUAGUUGUAUAUCACACAAAAAAAUUCUCAUUAAAAUGAAUCAUAUCUCUACUGAGCCACGAGACAGGCACUAAAAUCCUGGGGUGGAUUUGCAGGAUUUGCCCAUGCAUGGAUCUUUUAAAGCUUACAAAGCAGUGCUGUGAUUUUAUGUAUUCAUUUCACACUCUUUAAGGACCAACUGGGUUUAAAAUUUUUCUCUGUAGAGGACAAGAUUUGAUCCUGAACAAAUAUAGUGUUUUUAACAGGUCACCUGUUUACAAUCAUGGACAACUUUUGGACUUGUAUGACAAAUACAGUGGAAACAUAUGAAAUAUAACCACCACUAGUGCUACCAUGGUAACAGUGUGAAAUAGUUCUUCCUUUCACAGACACUUUGAUGAGGCUGCAACUAAGUGAUAGCGACACACAUUCACAAAUGCAUGUUUGGCUCUGUUUUGUAUUACUUUUUAAAGGUGCUGCUGCUUCCUGAAUGAGAUGUGUAACUUCUCACAAAGAAGGUGAUCUAGCUACAAAACAACAAGCCCAAUCUAAGUACAUAUUAAUAUUUUAUAAAUGCAUUGAGAUAUAAAAAUGUGGCUUUACAAGCAGGUUAAAUCAGAGCCACAUUGUAUGCUGGUGGGGCAUAUAAUAAAAAUUAGAGGUGAUUCCCAUAAAUCUAUGUUGCUAAAGGACACUUUUGGGGUUCUUAUAAACAAGCAACACACAACAACUAAUUCAUGGCAUUUUUAUUUGCAUUACAUAAACUCAUAGUGUAAAUGCAAACAACUAGUCAACACUGCAACUGGUUGAAAACUUACUCAAACUGUCAGUAUAAAAUCAAACCUUAAUCCUGCAGCACUGUAAGUUUCUUAAUUUGUAAAAUUAGUUGUGUCAACACUGAGUUCACAUCACUUUGACUGUGAUUAAUCUAAAAGAUUUUCAAAGACACACUUCAGGUCAAAUUGAGUUCAAUGAAAACUUGAUUAAAUGUCAGUUUUUCCAUUUAUUGUUGUGUUGCUGUUAGUUAUAAGUUAUAAACCAUUGAACAAACUUUUAUCUGUUUAACAUAUUGGUUCAUUGCAAUGUUGGAGUAUGUCUCCAGUCAGAUAGUCUCAUUAGGGCUUUGCACAUGUUUUGUAAGAGAGGAAACACAUCCAGCAUGCUUUGCUGAUGAUAUUUUUGCAACAACAAUCCUCUGCAAAUUGCAAUCAUGCAGCAAAUGUCUCCGUAAAACCACACAUUGUGCUGCAGACAACAAAGCAGAUCCCCAGAAGAAAGUGACGGUGGAGAUGCUACGUUCAGGGCCAAACUGCUGUACGAGAUUUAACACUUUGCUGCAUUGCCUCAUUCCUUUCCACAAGUUCUGUAAGGCUCCAAGUUUUAGUGGACUUCAUUGCAGCCUCUGUCAAAAUCCAUGCAAAGACCAGGCAAUAAUUAGGCCACUUUUAAUACGGAGAGUUACACACACUUAAUCACCCAUUCAAUCUCCCUCUGAUAAACCAUGUUUUUCAGACUAGUCCAUGUGUUAGGAGUCAGAGAUUGCACUAACCACGGUAGCAGGGUUUUAAGACAUCAAAUUUGAGAAAAUAGAUCACUUUAUAAACGACAUUCGACUUUCAGUGGAUGCCGCACACAAAUAACUUUUGCUUUUAACUUUGUGGUUACCUUAAUAACUUCGCUGUGUGGGUGGCAUUGACCUUCUAUUUGACUUUUUGUGUCAUUCUGUCUUCCAGUGAGAAUUUAAUCUACUUUAUCUGUUGUAAAAAGUUUUCUGCAAGGUAUCUGUUAUUCCUUUUCUUAUCCAUCAAAUAUGUCUUUUUUUUCUUAGGCUGGGACAUUUUGCACUUUCUACAAGAGCCACCGAAAUGGUUUUUGAUCAUCAGCAUACUGCUGUUCCUUUCACUUUGUCUGAAUAUAUUUUUCUGUGUAUCAAAAUGCAGUUCAGGUAAUUCAAUAAUAUUCUGUCAAACAAAUUAAUGGACUGUAUUGGUAGAUGAAAGUAUUGAUUGAGUGCAUUUUGCAACAGGAGACUGUAGAUGUCAACCAAGGAAGAAACAAAAGUAAGUAACAUUUAGUAAAUGCUCACAAAACAAGCAAACUAGUAUCAUCAUUAAUUUUUAAAAGUCAUUGCCACAUGUCAAAUUUUAGAAGGGGACAAAGGCGGAUGGAAGAAAAUCCCAUCUAUGGAAACCUUGGCUACACGGAUACAGGUGAGUACUUAAAAAGAAAACACACACAACUUUGUGUCCUUGUGCCUUUAUUUGUGUCUUGACAUUGUGAUGUUGUUUUCUAUAGGCACAGCUACAUACACUGGUGGUGAUCCUUUACAGGGAGUCAGUUGUGACAUGCAGGUGAGGCUUUUUUUAUUCCUCUUUUUUUUCCCAUUUUUUUUAAAUCCCUGAAUAAGGGGAAAUACAUGUUUUGGGUUAAGUUGAGAGGAUUCAAUAAAAAUUUUCACAAAAACUUGUACUCAGGAGAUAAAGUUGUACAAAUAAGUUACAUCACUGUUUUCUGUAUCUCCUUCCAGUCCAAAAGUCAGGACUGCUAUGCAAACCUGACCCUGAAGCCUCCCAGGCUGCAGUCCGGUCGCAGCUCUCCUCAGAUCCAGUUCUCAGACAUGGUUGUGUUCGAGGAACCCUUAGAGUCAGAGAAAAGAGAUGAACCCUGCACAGGCUCUUCCUCCCCUCUGUCUGAUCUGUACGCUUCUGUGCAAACUCAGCGCACCAAAACCAUCCACACCGCAGACAGCAUGGAGGAAUACGCCAACCAUCUCUGAGAGGAGCAUGACUGCUGGUCCUGAGAUGCUGAAAAAGGAAUAUAUAAAACAAUACACAUCACCACAAGAUGGUGCUGUUUGGUGUUCAUCAACAUGGCAAACUGACAACGUGUCACAUUAAUGCAAGUGAACUUAAAUUUCUUAAUUCUAUCAUAGACUUUUUAUCCAAGACCCCUUUGACUUAAAUAAAAAAAAGCAAUUGUUUUUGUCUAAGAGCUGUUGAUAGGAUUGUUGCAUCACUGAUUACAAUAAAAUUGUUGGGUUAUACUAAGAUUAUACAGACUCAUGUCCCCACAUACAAGUUUUAUUGCAUAAAAAUACAAAUGCAGAUAAUAAGAUUUACAGGCAAAAUAUCUACUCUUAUUUUCUUGGUUUUCUCAGCCAUCUUUGACCUGAUUUUACAAAAUGUUAUUUUUACACGCCUUGUUCUUAUAUUUUAAUUGAGCAUGAAGAAACUUUCUUAUAAAAAGACAUUUAAACAUUAAAGUCUGCAACUUUAUAACCCUAACCACCAAACAACCCCCUUAGAAAGAUACAUAGUUCAGAGUGACUCUUUGAAAUUCAGUUUUCAUUGUGACCAUGAAGAAAGUGCUGACUCUGUUUUUCACUGAAGUCAGUCUUGGUACAGAUGUAAUUCCUCUGCUUAUGAAAUAAAAGUUUAAGUCUCUUGAUUUGAAAGUUAAUUGUUUAAACCUAUAAAUAUGUAUGUAACCUGUCCAGUUUACACACUUUUAAUGCAUCUUUCCAGCUUCUUCAACAGUAAAAAUGUCUAAAAUCAGUUCGUUGGACUUCUUGGUAGUCAGGUCAUUAUGUUUCAUAUUACAUAACUUUAUUUAUGGUGGAAGAGAUAUCAGCUAAGUAAGCGUUAAUCAGUGUGGAACUUUUAUUAUGAUUGAUGACCAUUUACAAGAGAGCUGUGAGGUUGUCCUUCAAACUGAACAAGAUAAACCACAUGGUACAGGAUAUACUCUCUGUUCUUUCUUUCAUGUUCUCAAUGAAUAAACAGUUUUAAAACAACUGCAAGAC